ACCGUGUGUCUCUUUCUUAUAUCGUGUUUUUUUUAGCACUGAUGAAGACCUAUGGCUUAGGUUCAAACGUUGAAUGAAUAGAUAUUUUCUUAUUUGAUUUGACAUGUUGUCCUUGAUGUUUGCAGUUAUGGGUGCGAGAAGCAGAACAAGACCGAGUUCUGGGCCUCGCGGGACCUGACGGAAGAGGAGUUCCAGGAGCACCCGAUCAUCAACUGGGACGCCAUCCUGUGGGUGAAGAGGCCGAUGGCCCUCUGGGUCGUCCAGGUCAUCCUGGCCGCCAUCAGCCUCACCGAGGCGCUGCUCCUCGCCUACCUGGGCUACAAGGGAAAUAUUUGGCAGCAACUUCUGUCGUUUCAUUUUAUUCUGGAGCUGGUUAACACAAUCCCCUUUGCCGCCACUAUUGCAUUCCCGGCUUGUCGACACCUGUUCAUUCCUGUUUUCCUCAACUGCUGGCUGGCCAAGAAGUCCCUUGAGAACAUGUUCAACGACCUCCACAGAGCGAUGCAGAAGUCUCAGUCCGCCCUCUCACAGCAGCUCAUGAUACUAUCAGCCACUUUGUUAUGCCUCGUUUUUACCAGCGUGUGCGGUAUCCAACACUUCCAGAGAGCCGGUCAUCGCCACUUGAACCUCUUCCAGAGCACCUACUACGUCGUGGUCACCUUCUCCACCGUCGGCUAUGGCGACUUCGUCCCCGAUAUCUGGCCCUCCCAGCUCUACAUGGUCAUCAUGAUCUGCGUGGCGCUCAUCGUCCUGCCGACCCAAUUCGAGCAGCUCGCCUUCACCUGGAUGGAACGGCAGAAGCUCGGAGGAUCUUACAGCUCACACAGGGCGCAGUCCGAGAAGCACGUGGUCGUCUGCAGUACCACGCUGCACGCGGACACCAUCAUGGACUUCCUCAACGAGUUCUACGCUCAUCCACUUCUUCAGGAUUACUACGUGGUACUGCUCUCGCCGAUGGAGCUGGACACGACGAUGAGGAUGAUCCUGCAGGUUCCGAUCUGGGCGCAGAGGGUCAUCUACAUCCAGGGUAGCUGUCUGAAGGACGUGGAUCUGGCCAGGGCCAGGAUGAACGAGGCAGAAGCCUGCUUCGUCCUCGCCGCAAGGAACUACGCCGACAAAACCGCCGCAGAUGAACACACCAUUCUCAGGUCCUGGGCUGUGAAGGACUUUGCACCUUCUGUGCCGCAGUACGUCCAGAUCUUCAGGCCAGAGAACAAGCUCCACGUCAAGUUCGCAGAGCACGUGGUCUGCGAGGACGAGCUCAAGUAUGCUCUGCUGGCCAACAAUUGCACCUGCCCAGGUGCUUCGACCCUCGUCACCCUCCUUCUCCACACCUCAAGGGGGCAAGAAGGGCAGACCUCCUCCGAAGAGUGGCACCGACUCUACGGCAGGUGUUCAGGGAACGAGAUCUACCACAUCAGGCUGGAGGAUUCGAGGUUCUUUGGUGAAUAUGAAGGCAAAUCGUUCACGUACGCCAGCUUCCAUUCUCACAGAAAAUAUGGUGUCGCGCUGGUUGGAGUUCGUCCUGCAGAGUUGCCAGAAUUCUACGAAGACACUAUUCUCUUGAAUCCGGGGCCAAGGCACAUAAUGAAGAGGACGGAUACGUGCUAUUACAUGUCGAUUACCAAAGAAGAGAAUUCUGCAUUCGUAGUGGCCAAUCAAGAACAGAUUCCCCAAGCAAAGACUGAGGAAACAAUCGAGACGAUGCUCUCAACUCCUAAGACUAAAGAAGUGAUCACAACAACAAUGAUGGCAGAUUCGGUUAGCGGCAGCACUGGUAACCAUUUGGGAGUGCCCAAACCUCCCGAAACUAACCCCAAUUUGCUCAGUCCUGAAAUUCUGAAUCAGAGGAGAGGUUCUCGGCGGCCCAGCAUCCUUCCCGUACCAGACAUGAUCACGUCGUCAACCCUUAACAUUUCUGCAACACCGCAGGAUGAGAUUGAUGAGAGUGAAGAUGAAAUGGAUGAUGACGUGCCUUGGAGAUCUCCUUCAGAAAAAAUCGCGUUCCAUGUUUCAGUCUCAGACGCAGAUCAAGACGAUUUCCUUCCGCCUUCAGGAUGGAGAGCUGAAAUAAAAAGGAUAGUGAAAGGAUUCCCACCGGUCUCUCCAUACAUCGGGGUAAGCCCGACGCUCUGUUAUCUUCUCAAAGAGAAGAAGCCUCUAUGUUGCCUUCAGCUUGCUCAGGUUUGUGAACAUUGCACCCACCGAAAUGCUAAGGAAUAUAAUUGGCAAAACAAGACUAUAAUUUUGGCAGCAGAUUAUGCUUCAAAUGGUAUUUACAACUUUAUCAUCCCUCUGCGUGCUCAUUUUAGGUCCAAAAAUUCUCUCAAUCCUAUUAUUCUGCUAUUGGAAAGGCGUCCAGAUAUUGCGUUUUUAGAUUCAGUAUCAUACUUUCCUUUAAUUUACUGGAUGUUAGGAUCUAUAGAUUGUUUGGACGAUUUGUUGCGGGCUGGGAUUACGUUAGCUGAAAAUGUUGUAGUUGUCAACAAAGAAUUGUCAAACUCAGCUGAAGAAGACACACUAGCUGACUGUAACACCAUUGUCGCAGUACAGACUAUGUUUAAGUUUUUUCCAAGUAUAAAGAGCAUAACUGAGUUGUCUCAAAGUUCUAAUAUGAGGUUUAUGCAGUUCAGAGCACAUGACAGAUAUGCACUUCAUCUAAGUAAAAUGGAAAAGAGAGAAAAAGAGAGGGGUUCUCAUAUUUCGUACAUGUUUCGGUUGCCGUUCGCUGCCGGAUCUGUAUUCAGCGCAAGUAUGUUGGACACUCUGUUGUAUCAAGCGUUUGUGAAGGACUAUGUUAUCACUUUUGUAAGAUUGCUCUUGGGUGUCGACCAAGCCCCAGGCUCAGGUUUUUUAACAUCGAUGAAAAUAACAAAGGACGAUAUGUGGAUAAGAACGUAUGGUCGAUUGUACCAGAAACUGUGUUCUACGACCUGUGAAAUACCGAUCGGUAUCUACAGAACACAAGACACCAAUAUUACAGGUUCUCCUCAGUAUUCAAUAAACAUGGGAGACGAGGCGAAAGAUAACCACACUGAAAUGAUAGAAAGAGCUGAGAUAGCCAACCUAGUCAGGUCAAGGAUGGAGAGUCUGAACCUGCCUUCGAUAGAUUAUGACGACGUCAGUGAAAAGAGGUCGAGUCUGUCGUAUGUCAUCAUAAAUCCAUCCUGCGACCUUAAAUUGGAGGAGGGAGAUAUAAUAUAUUUGAUACGACCAAGCCCAUUCUCUGCUCAGAAGACAUUCGAGAGGCACAACUCACGUAGAAAGUCCAACAUCAGCUUCUGCAGCACGGGCCUGUUGGCGGGUGCAGGAGCUGGGUCGAGGCGAGGGUCGGGACAGUACUUUCCCCCGCCCCGACCACCGCUGUCCACGACUAAAGCCAACUCACUUUCUCUCCCAGACUCGCCAACAGUCGCAGGCACAUUCAGGGGAAGGUCAAAUUCCCUGAGGGUGGUUGAUGAUAUUCUGAUGAGAAGAAGUAACUCAUUGAGGCAGGGACUGACGAUGAGGAAGUCUAGCUUGGAAGAGAUCGGCCUUGGUCACUAUCCUCUACAGCUUUCUAAUUUGCAGUCGAUGUGUCCGCCGCCUGCGACAGAGACUUCAGGGAUCAAGAUUGCUCUGAACGGUUCGAUCGGCCUCGAGGUGACUCCUCCCGAAGAGAACAGUUCUCCGUCGAUUUCUUCUAACACAGGCCUCCUAGUAGCUCCCCAAUCAGAGCAGCUGCAGGGGACAAUCGUAUGAUAUAACCUCAUGUGGGGUAGGAGGUACCCUAUGUCUAAUCGCCUCUGAUCUACGCAGCAGCCUCAUCCAGGCGGCGUGAGGCACAUGUAAAACAAAUCCUCCUUCGAAGCACAGUGAGAAUUGUCCAGAUUAACUUUUUAUGGCUACAAUUUUAUUUGAUGUACUUAAUGUGUAAAUGUGUCUUAUAAGAUGUUAAUUAUUUAUGUACAUUGAUUGAGUAGUUUUGUAUUUCUAACUGUGUAUAUAGAGCCCCAUUUUAGUAUUUUCAUGUCCCAGUCAAUAAGUAAAGGUCCCGUUGGCUGAUCGCAAACGGUCAUAAAACAUUGGGUAGAGCUUUAAAAUGAUUUUGUCUGUUGAUGUGCGGAGAAGCAUUUACUUCGCUCACCAUUUGGAACACCUCAAGGUUAGCUAGUCGUAGAACCCUGUCAACCCAGCAUAUUAUAAUUUUUAAAAAAUUCAUAUACAUAAAAUGUAAAUUAGAAAAAAAAAUUUCAAAAAAUUAAUCAUUAUUUUAAGAAGAAAAGAAAGAUUGACGGUGACAUAUCAGUUACUUUUCAAUUCAUUAAACAAUUUAAACCUAUCAUAUUUUUAAAAAAAUGUAUAAAAAUAUUUUAUGAUGAAUAGAAUUGAAAAGAUUUUAUUAUUGUUAUAUUUUCUUUUAGUUUAGCACUGUUAUUCAAUUCGGUUGGUUUUAAAAACUGGUAAAAUCUAGUUUGGUGGGUCCAUUAGCUCGUACUGAUAAUAAACCUAUUAAUUAGGUCUAGUUUAUAAAAGCUAUAAAUGCGUACUUUUAAACUUUACUUUGAUAUAGGUUAAAAAAGUAAAUAUAUACAUACUCAAAUAGUUACACUUAUAGAGAGCAUGAGAUUUUUUACUUGUUCAAUUUUUUACUAAAAAAUAAAAUAAAAAGAAUUAAUCUAUUGUACUAAAAUUUCUAAUGAGACCAAAAUUUUUACAUAAAUUAUUAAAGUUAUUCAUAAAAAAAAUUAGGUCACAAUUUUUUGUCUAUAAAAAUAAUUUUCCAAAAUCAGAAAGCUUGCUUGUUAUAUAAUUUCUUAACCUCAAACCUAAUGUAUAAUAUUGUAGUGUAUAAAGUUAAAUUAUUAAUAUUCGCUGGAUGAACAAGGGUCCAAAAAGGACAAAACUUUUCAUUUCUAACUCUUAUAAUGAAGUUUAUUGCCUAACUUUUAGGUGCUAACUGCUUAUAAUAUCUUUUUUUUUUCUAUACCAACAAAGUAUAUUUUUAUUUAAAAAUGUCAUGUAUUAACUAUCUGUAAUAUUUACAUAAGUAAUUAGAAAACAUAUUACAGAGUAUAUAUUUGUAGCAAGAAAAGGUGUUUGUAACCGAGUGAAUUGUAUUAUGAAUAUGUAAAUAGGUUAAUGUACGUUAGUUAUGUUUACUUUACUAAAAAAACAACUCGACUAAUUCAGUGGCCUUCUUAUUACAACAAAGAGCUAUUGUACAUAGCGGAAAUUGUAAAUAUUAUAGAGGAAAUAAAUAUAUAUGUACUUUUUUUUUUUGUUUCAAUUUAAAUAAUGUAGGCAUGGGUGGUAAAGAUCAACAUGAAUAAGAUUAAAAAAGAACUUAAACGAGAGUCAAAACAGUUAAUGAUUCACUGUGCCCUGUAUUUAAUUUUUUAUAUCUGUUAAUGUUAUAAAUUCUAUUACUAAAUGCUCAAAAUUGAACAAAUUAAAUUAUAUUAUAUUGCUAAUUUUAUCACUCAUGACCGCAGAUUUUAUAAUAAACAAAGAGUUUGCUUGUAAACUGCUAAUUUUCAAUUUAUUAGAGUAAGAAUCCUUUUAAAUUUAGAAUAUAUAUGUAACACCUAUAUAACGUAUGCUAACAUUUUAAAAAUUAUAAGAAAUAUAAAAAAUUAUCUUGUAUUUCAAAAAAAUUUAGAAAUUUGUACAUACAAAUCUUUGGAUCAACAAAAUGAUAUUAAGAACUUUGAUACUGUUAUUAAAGGCUUGGACUCGUUCGGCUGUGACAUAUUUAAAGGCUUAGGUUGAUUAGAUAUACAAAUGGAUAAACAGGAAGAUAUAUUGUACAAUAGUAGGACUCUCUUAUGCUUACUUAAAAAAAUUAUAAUAUCCUCUUUCUGUUUAUAAUUAGAAAUUAUAUAUAUUCAACUUUAUUAUCAGUCAAAUUUUGAAGUGUUAUUUUUGUAUUUAUUUAUAACUAAUUUAUAUGUUGUAUAUUAACAUCCUUCAAUGUUCAUUUCGAGCAAUUUAUUAUAGAUAUUUCCUACAAGCAAGGGUAAAUGUUGGGCAAAAGGGUCUUUUUACUGACUAUUCAAAUUAUUUUAUUGUAUUCAUGUUUAAAUUAUUAUGAUUAAAAGUUUCUACUUAAAAAAUUAAUUGCUAGUUAAAUAGCAAAUGUGUUAAUUUAUACAAAUUAACUUAUUUUUUUUAAUUUAUAUCAGUGUUUUUCUAUCGUACACUUUUGCCCAAUGAACUAUAAAAAUAAGAUAGAGGAGUUUUUGUUUCCGUUCUGAAUAUUCCAUACCUGGUGUAUAAAUUACAACAUCUAAACACCCAAAAUUUAAUAAUACUGUUCUUCAUUGUUUGAGUCAUUAGUAAUGUACUAAUCAUUGUAUAGAAAAAUAUUAUAUUAUAUUUUCAUAGGCCCUUACGGCUAUCCUAUCACAUCUUUAUCAAUUUGUCUAAAUAAAUGGUAAAUAUACUCACCAUACUUAUUAUGUUUCCACCUCACCUCACAAAUUGUAUCUUCUAUUAUUAUUUAAUAUAUAAAAAACAAAUUCUAGUUUAAAAAAAAAUGUUAUAUAUUUUUUGGUAUCUGUGUUUGCUACAAUCAGCUAAGCUCAGUACUACAAAUUGUUUUUGUAUUUUCAAGCCUUUUUCUUGUAAUCAUACAAAAUAUAUAAACAAAAUGAAUAACUCUCGCUUUCAAA